CAGCAAUACCACCUAAGGUGGCGAGCAACAUAUUUUUUUUGUCCUGGGGACUGCAACCUGACCUUGCGUUCCAAAUCUGUUAACAGCAGACAGUAAAUGCGAACUACCGAUGGAUUGGAUUUCCUGAAAGCAAGGAGUUUGAAAGGUGCUCAAUGAUCCGUUAGCACUAACUCUUACACCUGAGAGCUACCGCUGACUCCGCCUCGGCUUCCAGCCCUUUUAGUGCGGCUCAUUGGUGCUCUCGGUCACAUUGUGUGAGCCUAGUCCAAUGGGAAAGCUGUUCAUUCUGCAACAAGUGCACUAGAGACCGUCGAAAGGUGCAGUUAUUGAGCAUCGCAGCUUGUCGGAAGCUUGUUCUUCGAACGGUUUAAAUGGCGAAUGCUGGUCUUGAAAUCGUAGGGGUCGCCUUGGGAGUGUUAGGAUGGCUGGGGGCCAUCAUAACCUGCGCAUUGCCCAUGUGGAGAGUGACCGCUUUCAUUGGGAACAACAUCGUGGUGGCGCAGAUCAUUUGGGAAGGUCUUUGGAUGAACUGUAUAGUUCAGAGCACCGGCCAGAUGCAGUGUAAAGUGUACGACUCGCUGCUGGCCCUCUCGCAAGAUCUCCAGGCUUCCAGAGCUCUGACCGUCAUUGCCAUUGUGGUGGGAGUCCUGGGUAUUCUGAUCUCCAUCGUGGGAGCCAAGUGUACCAACUGCGUGGAAGACGAGGCGACCAAAGCCAAGAUUAUGAUAGUGGCUGGAAUCAUCUUCAUCCUAUCUGGACUGAUGAUCCUGAUCCCAGUGUCCUGGUCUGCAAACACCAUCAUUAGGGAUUUCUACAACCCGCUGGUGACGGACGCCCAGAGGAGGGAGCUUGGAGCCUCCUUGUACAUCGGUUGGGGAACCUCGGGUCUGCUGAUCCUCGGAGGGGCCCUGCUCUGCUGCUCCUGCCCUCCCAAAGAUGAGAAGUACGUGCCUUCAAGAAUGGCCUACUCUGCCGCCAGGUCCACAGGUCCCACUGGGUACGAUAGAAAGGAUUAUGUGUGAGAGGGCACCAGGUAGCAAAGCUCGCCCUCAGGGGACUCGGCGGCAUUCCUGAACCCUUAAAGUGUGAUCGCUUUAGGGUGAAUCCUGUCUCAGAUGUUAUUAUCAAUUUUUUUAAAGAAACAAAAAGUUCAGAUAGUGCUUUCUUUCCAUUUCAAUUACUGUUAAACCCAAGCAGUGAUGUCGUAGAUGUGUGUGUAUGUCUUUGUAUAUAUUGGUCUGGUCCAUUUCACCAGUUGGUAGAAUAGAGUUUGAUUGUGACUCGUGUAUUUGUGUCUCAAUAAUUCUUGGGGGUGGGGGUCUCUCUGUCUUUUUUGGGACUUCGCACCGCCUCUGGUCUCCUGAAUCCGGGACCGUGUCACGAUGUCGUGUGUGUGUCUCUGUGAUUGACAAUGGGCGGCACCAAUUAAACGUUACAUUGCUGGAAACACACAGCUUCGAUAGGUCAACAUGAGAAAAGGGCAAGAAUUUGGGGAAGGUUACCGCUGUAACGCUCUGCUGUGUAUUAGCAGAACGUGUGGUUUUUCUUUAUCAAUAAGUGACAGGCAGAAAGGAUGGGGGAGGGUUGUCCUGAGGGGCCAAGGCGAGGCAGGAGUCAUCCAGUACAAAUAUAUUGACGGUUGUAAAGUGCAUGUUAAACAAUAACCCUUACAAAAACAUACUCUUUUAAUGGCGAUAUCAUGGGAAAGUCGGUGAGCUGGGAUUUGUUGAGGUGGGAUAAAGAGCUCGGGUUUAUAAACGCUGCAGACGCACCAAGUGGUUGAAAUGUUUUGAGUUGCCUCAGACUGGGACCUGGCUCCAGAGAAUCCAAUUAACAUUCUGUUGCCUGAUAUUAUAUCAAAUACAUGAGUAAGCAUGUUUCAACACUUUAGCAAGAUGCCUUUUAAGAAAUAGUUAGAUCUGAAGGUACCAAUAACCUCCAACCACCCAGCCAGCUACUCCACCCAGUCAGCACUUCUCCCUGUCUCAUUAUCUACAUUCCAGGGAAAUGAGUCCAGAUUCAGAAACUGAAAGUCAGCUCCUAGUUGUUUACUCAGGAUUGAAAUCAGACUGUGAGCUGUCCCACCAACUCCCACCCCCUCCAGUUUUUUGUCUUCUUUCUCCUUUAAUGAUCUCAUGUCUUGCCUUUUGUCUUUCCCAGCUUGACUUUCCUUCUCAGUUCCCCUUUGUGUUUGCCUUUCAGUUGCUUUCCCUAUUUUUCUCCCUCCAGCUAUUCAUGCAGUCUCUUUGUCUUGCCUUAUCAAUGAUCUUUCUUUCCCUCUGUCUCUCAACUGUUUUGCAUAUUACAUAGAAUUUACAGCAUGUCCAAGCCAUUCAGCAGCACUAUUGCCAUUGCUUGUGUUCCAACCUUGGUUUGUCCAAUCCUAUCAACAUACCUUGUAUAUUUUUCUCCCUCAUGGACUCAUUUUGUUGUUUUCCACUAUAUUUCUCCCUCUCUACCCAUGUCUAUUUCGCCUUUCUCUCUUAUGACAUGAGAAUUUGGAGGUGAAGCUAUUUAGUUGCCACUACUGAUUUUUUGUUGUGUCAGUAUUAGUUAUGAGUACAAGGUUCUAACAAAGUAGGCUUCUUGAGGUGCUGCAAUGCAUUCUGUGGGUAGCACAUACAGAAACUACAGUGCAUUGGUGAUCAAAGCAGGGGUAAAGAUUUCAGUAGUCAAUCAAGUAAUCUCUAAAUUAAUUUUUCUUCCAACCAUCAUUUCCAAUCAUGCAAUGUUGCACCAGGAGUAACAAAGUUUCCCACUCCCACCCUCUGACACUGGAUAGUGCGGAUGAUGUUUCUAUAAAGAUUCGCACAGGUUCCCUGUUAGAAUCUGUGAUUCAGGAGAUGUUCAGGAGAUCUUUCAAUCAUCCCCAUGAAUUCCCUGUGUGGAAGCAAACCAUUUGGCCUAUUAGGUCCACACCAAGCCUCUGAAGAGCGUCCCAUCCAGAUGCACCUCCUACCCUCUCCCUGCAUUUUCCAUGGCUAAUUCAUGUAACCUGCAUAUCCCUAGGCACUUUGGGCAAUUUAAAAUGGCCAAUCCACCUAAUCCAAACGUUUUUGGACUAUGGGAGGAAAGCCACAUAGACGCAGCAUGAUGUGCAAACUCCACACAGACAGUCACCCGAGGUUGGAAUCAAACCUGGGUCCCUGAUGCUGUGAGGCAGCACUGCUAACCACUAUGCCAUCGUGCCAUCCUAACUGAUUACUUGAAUGGACAAACCUCAGAUUCACUCACUUCUUCCAGCUAGAAUGCUAUUUGCAAACAGCACCAUCCCUCUUGGGAUGACACUAUUAAAGAAAUAAUAUAACAUAACCCAUUAUGACCUAUGUUUGGUCCUAGUUUAACUGAAGUUUCAGAUAUCACUCAAACCUACCUAGUCAGAAAAUUAUGAUUUUUACCUUCAUUUCAUGAAGUUUAGUGCACUUUUUCCCAAAACAUAACUUUUAUUAAGAAAAGUACACUGUCAAACAUUUUGAAUCUAAUCUCACCAUGCAAUCAAAUCCCAUGUUUCUCCAUUCAUUGUUUUCGAUUCUGAGGUGCUUCUGUAAAAUGGAAACGUUAAGAAUUUUUAAAAUAUUCAUUAUCUCAAGCAUAUAACCAGAUGACAAAGCAUCUUAAGUGAAAUAUUACAGAAAGUGCACUGGAAUUUAACUUUUCUCUAUACAGCGUGUUCCACUGUGAGAUGCCUGAAUAAUCCACAGGCUUGAGCACACAAUAUUUUCGAACAAGCUGAUGGAGGUUUAAAAUGUCAGUGGUGUUGUCCUUCAAAUGACAUUACAUUGUGGCCUUGUCUGCCCUCUAAAAGAUCCAAUGGUGCUAGUCACAAAAAAACAAUAGUAACUGGGUGUCAUAGACAGUAUUUAUCCCUCCACCAACAAAACUAAAGCAAUGAUCUUGUCAUUAGCUCUGCUUAUUAUGGAACCUUGCCUAGUGCAUGUUGGCUGCUGUGUUUCCCAUCGUACUCUUCAUGUCACGACUACAUCAUUGCUGUAAUGUGUUUUGAGACAUUGUGAAAGAAGCUUUAUAAAUGUAAGUUCUCACUUUUAUCCUUAUUGGGCUUCACCCAGUGUGAUGGCCAUUGAUAUCAGAAACAUUUUCCUAUAUUUUCCUGUGUUGUGUUUGACUUUGACUGUUUGCAGUUGUUUUUAAUGACCCAAUUCUAUAAAUAAUAAAAGCACAAGCACA